UGGAUUUGGUUUGGAAUAUCUUGGAAUAUCUGAACAUCCGAUUGACAUUAGAAUCUUUUCGGCUUUUUCCUAAUUCUUAGAACUCCAACGGGAAAUCUCACUGAUUUUUAACCCUACGGUGUUCUUGUAGAACUGUAUUGUCUCAAUCCGAACGUAUGACUAAGUGGCUGAGCAUCAAAUUGAAGUUGCGAUGACGAAAAUAACAACAAAUUUAAACAAUCUUGUUAUUAUUUUGUAAGUUUUGGAGGAAACAAGUGGCCUCAUUAUGCACAUUCACGCAAAACAGCAAAACAAUUAAGUAAACGGUGUCAAAAUUGAGAUGAACGUAAACCUAAAUCGAAUUGUUGUUGUAUAAAUAGUUGUAAUUUUCAGUUAAUAGGAUUUUUUUUAUAUUCACUUGUCCUUCAAACAAAUAAGUUUUACGAUAAUUGAGCCCAUACCCGACUCCCUGAUGGGUUAGAACCCUCUCUCUAUUUUGUAAUGCGUAUGAACUUCAAUAAUCGAAAUAAGAUACGAGCUUAGAACACGUUUUGUGCCUGCUAAUAAAAGAAGUAAUAAGCCUAAAUAGAUAAGUAGCGUUUUGCAAGCUGACUGCAAAAAAUCUAAAACUGGAGCAAUAAGUCAUUCAAAUAACAAUAAAUACCCAGAAUUAAGUUGAAAUUUGCAAUAUAUAAGCGCUACUAGGCGCGCUUGGCGUACAUUUGCUAAAUAUAGCACAUUGGCUACACUGCUUAGAGAUGGCUGCACAGUACGCUACACGUAUUUUCGCGACAACUUUUCUGGUUUGCCUCUUGGGUGAUUUCACCUCAUCCUUUGUGGUGUCAACGCUCUUUGGCGGCAUUAUCAACAGCAAAUUAUCUCUUCUAAACCCAGCAUAUCGUCCAGUCGGUGAUACUGGGCCAGUCACAUUUCCACCCGUAAUUUAUGUGAUUGUAGCCCCGAAUGUCGGAGAAACUACAACAGUCGGCAGUGUGCCGCCAACUCCACCAAGCGCUCCUCAAGAAGUUGUUGCAUCUACUGUCGCACCGGAAACUGUCGGUCAAGACACUACAACGCCUGUGUUGGAGAUUCAACCCACCACGGCAAUUCCUGCUGGAACUCCUGGUGAAGGCAAUGGAGAAGCUAUUGAAGGCUCAGUUGAAACUGAAUUAACGUAGAAUUGCACCAGAAAUUUCCUCAGAAACAUAAUCUAUUCUUAUGCAGCAAUUCGUACCCUGUGAAUUUACGCUAUAGACUAUUUGACAACUAAUAUGGGAUACAGUAUUGUAUUUAGUAGAUAUCGGGAAUUUAUUGCACCUUUACAAAGACUUUGAAACACCUCAAAAAGUAUUGAUUAAUUCCAUAUAUUUAAAUUAACGAACAAUAAAUUUCACCAACGGUUUAAUUACUUUUAAAUAUCUGUGUUUAUUGUGGAUAAUAAUAAUCUUCUUCUUCUCGUUAAUAAUGGAGAAAUAUAGACCAAAAGGUAACCCAAUUGUUAUAUUUCUAGAUUUCUUUGAGCUGUUAUGCCUUAUAAACGAGAUAUUCGGUGAUCUAGUAUAAUCCACCAUCAACUUUUUUAGUUUUGUAGAUGUUUAUUUGGUUCGUAUUCAGAGAUUUGAUCUCAUGCGCGUGUUUCGGCAUAAUUUGUCGGCUCUCAUUUAAAUUACAUAAGAAUACAUAAACCUAAUAGAUAACACUAACUAAUUACAUUAUGUUAAACUCAUUAAUAUGCUAAUUAAUUGUGUAUCGUCUAACGUGUGUAUAUAAAUAGUACGGAUAUCACAUGAAGGCAAACAUUUCAAUGACAUUGUUUUCAACACUUCAGAACAUGAAUUUCAAACUGUUGCUUGCGUUAAUAGUUUUCCUCGCCUUGUUCUACGAUGCCACCGCUUUUGGUUUUGGACUGCUUAAAAGCAUAAAAGAUAUCUUAUGUGGCCAAAUGACGGCAACAACGACCACGACGACGACGACAACAACACCACCAACUCCACCAACGAUCUUGAAUUUGACGCAAAACGCAACAGGCGCCUUGGGAUUUAUUGUGCGUGUACUUAGUGAGAAUCUCGCGGACCCAUCCUGGGGAGCACCGGUGAUAUAUGCGCCUAUUUUCAACUGGGCGCAAACGACAGCUAACGAGUCGAAUACUUGAAAUGGUCAAAUAUGUGCUCCAACAGUUUAGUGGUUCAAAAAGUGAUUAAUUUCAAAUAAAAUUCAGUCCCAGUUAUU